AGAGGAUGAGUGCCGGGGGACUGUUCCGGUUCGGGAAGAAGCUGCUCCGAAGGAGAGCUUUGGAUCCCGGCAACAAAGAGUCGUGCUUCGUCCGAUGCCUGAGCACGCUGGACCUCAUCGCCCUGGGGGUGGGCAGCACGCUGGGCGCCGGGGUCUACGUUCUGGCCGGCGAGGUCGCCAACGAGAAAGCCGGUCCGGCCAUCAUCCUGUGCUUCCUGUGUGCAGCCCUCUCCUCCGUGCUGGCCGGACUGUGCUACGCCGAGUUCGGGGCGCGGGUCCCCAAGACCGGCUCUGCCUACCUGUACAGCUAUGUGACGGUGGGCGAGAUGUGGGCGUUCACCACCGGCUGGAACUUGAUCCUCUCAUACGUGUUGGGCACAGCGAGCGUGGCGAGAGCGUGGAGCUCCAACUUCGAUGACAUCAUCGGCAACGGCAUCAGCAACUUCUUCAAAGAGAAAAUCUCCUUCCAGGUCCCUCAUGUCCUCGCCGAAUACCCGGACUUCUUCGCCCUCCUACUGGUCAUCCUCCUAACAGUGCUUCUUGCCAUCGGAGUCAGCGAGUCCGCCCUGGUCAAUAAGAUCUUCACCGCCAUCAAUCUUCUGGUCUUGGCUUUCGUCAUCCUGGCUGGUUUCAUCAAAGGCGACAUCAAGAACUGGAAACUCACUCAGGAGGAUUUCGAUAAUUUAUCAAAAAUAUAUAACCACAGUGCAGUGGCGUCACAAGGGGGGUGCGGCCCGCACCCGGGUGACACCAUUGGAGGGGUGACACAAUACAUGUUCACCCUGGGGGGGCGUGACAACUGUUUUGGUUUCUUUGUAAAUUUCUGAAUAUAUUUUGUUGCAGGUGAAGAAGCCAAAAAUCCUCAACGUUCCAUCCCUAUUGGGAUCAUCGUUUCCCUCUUUGUGUGCUUCCUGGCGUACUUUGGUGUGUCUGCAGCACUCACACUCAUGAUGCCUUACUUCUUACUGAGCAAACAGAGCCCCCUUCCGAAAGCAUUUACACAUGUGAACUGGGAACCGGCCCGUUACGUGGUGUCUGUGGGAUCCCUAUGCGCCCUCUCAACAAGCUUACUGGGCUCCAUGUUUCCUAUGCCGCGGGUCAUCUAUGCUAUGGCUGAAGACGGGCUGCUUUUCAGGUUCCUUGCUAAGGUCAACCAGAGGACAAGGACUCCGCUGGUCGCAACUAUCGUGUCUGGAAUUGUAUCAGCUAUCAUGGCUUUCCUGUUUGAGCUAGACGCUCUGGUGGAACUGAUGUCCAUCGGCACUUUGUUGGCGUAUUCCCUGGUUGCGGCUUGCGUUGUCAUCCUCAGGUACCAACCCGAGCAGCACUUCCUGAAGCCCAUGGACACAGAGAUGGUCAAGCUGAACGAUACCGACAACGGGGUGUCGGAAAAAGAUCUCCAGAUUACUCCGCACUCAGCUGAAACCGACUCAUUCCGUGUAAAGAAUCUCCUGUAUCCGACCUGUAACGAACCAACCAGGAUGUCCGGACGCAUCGUUUAUGGCUGUGUCUCUGUACUAUCGGUUUUGUUCAUCGCCUUAUGCACGCUGCUGGCUUAUAAACUUGAUGACCUCCUCAACGGAUGUCCCGCCUAUGUCGUGUCUUUGGCCGUGAUGUCCGUGGCAGCCGUAGCCAUUACCGGGAUCAUCUGGAGGCAGCCGGAAUGCAAAACCCAACUGUCAUUCAAAGUGCCGGCCCUCCCCGUUCUCCCAUUAUUCAGCGUCUUCAUCAAUCUGUACUUCAUGAUGCAGUUCAAAGCCGAGACGUGGAUCGGAUUUGCUGUCUGGAUGGCAAUUGGGUACCUCAUCUAUUUUUGUUAUGGGAUAUGGAACAGCACCGAGGAGCAGAACGGUAAGAAUAAGGACAGUCUCCUGAAAACAAAGGACGCUCUUCCUAAAUCGAACGGUCAGGAACUCUCAGAAGGCGCUGUGUGUUGA